CGGAGCAAGCCAAGGUUCUUCCCGGGGGCAGAACGCAGCGAGUUCCAGGCGCGACGUUUCUAGCACUGGUAGAGGGAGUCUCUAGACGUGCGAGAUGCAAGCCGGGAAGCCUGUACUCUACUCCUAUUUCCGAAGCUCGUGUUCCUGGAGAGUUCGAAUUGCCCUGGCCUUGAAAGGCAUUGACUAUGAGACGGUGCCCAUCAACCUGGUAAAGGAUGGGGGUCAGCAGGGGGCGUGGGGGAGGCCGCUGGGAUCCGGGGCCUUCUCCCUGCCUCGCCUCACCUCCCUGCCCCCCUGUGCACAGCUGGCCAUUAUCGAGUACGUGGAGGAGACGCGGCCCGCCCCCCGACUCCUGCCACAGGACCCCAAGAAGAGGGCCGCCGUCCGCAUGAUUUCGGAGCUCAUUGCCAGUGGCAUCCAGCCGCUGCAGAACCUGUCUCUCCUGAAGCAAGUGGGCCAGGAGAACCAGCUGGCCUGGGCCCAGAAGGCCAUCACUUCAGGCUUUAACGCUCUUGAGAAGACCCUGAGGAGCACCUCGGGAAAGUUCUGUGUGGGAGAUGAGGUUUCCAUGGCUGAUCUGUGUCUGGCGCCUCAAGUGGCCAAUGCUGAAAGGUACAAGGUGGACCUCACUCCCUAUCCCACCAUCGGCCGCAUCAACAAGACGCUGCUGGCCAUGGAGGCCUUCCGAGUGACUCACCCCUGCCGGCAGCCAGAUACCCCCCCUGAGCUGCGGGCUUAGCUCCCAAACCCUGCCCUGGGGCGCAGGGGCAGGGAGGGGAUGGAGUGCUAGGAGCUGGGGGGGGUUGGAGACAGGAGACUAGACCUCUAGGCCAGGCUCCUCCUUCCCAUGAUGUCCUUCCUGCCGUUGUCCCCUCUUCUGCCCCGUGGGCAAAGGGGGGCGCUGAGAACCAGGCCACUAUCUCUGUCCCGGGCGGCCAGGAAGAUGAGAUGAGAAUGUGGAUUAAAGUGCCUGAGAUGUUGAAAAUGA